AUGGUUGACCCGUCGUCCAGCACACAAGCGUUCGAUAUCGCAAGAGCCUGGCUUGCUGGCCUUGAACAUGCCUCUAUUGCAGGAGACGUCAGUCUGUUUAUUGACCUUUUCACGCCAGAAGGCUGGUUCCGAGACCUCCUUUGCUUCUCCUGGGACUUCCGAUCCAUCUCUGGCAGGGACAAGAUUGCAGCGUUCCUCGCGGACGACGUCGACGGCACCCGCAGACUCGCAUCCGCUGGGCUCCACGACAUCGUGCUCGAUGAAGCGCUCAUGAAGGGCGUCCCACCGACGUUCCCGCUCCCUCCGGACGCAUCCGCGUGCGGCGUUCAGGCGGCGUUCCGGUUCUCGCUCCGCUCGCCAAACGCAUGCGGACGAGGAUGGGUCAAGCUCGUGCCGUUUGGUUCAGAGGGAGGGGGGAAGGCGAGCUCGGUUUCAUUCUCACUACACGAUCUUGCUGGGCACGAGGAGCCGACGGAGCGGCCGCGCGGGAUACCGGAGGAUCCGGAGCUUAUGGCGACGUGGGAGGAGAAUCGAGAGAAGGAGGAAGAGGCUAUUGAGCGCGAUCCGACCGUUUUAAUAGUUGGUGCGGGACACAAUGGACUUAUGCUUGCCGCACGUUGUCGGAGGAUGGGCUUGCGUGUCUUGAUCAUCGAGAAGACUCCCCGCGUUGGAGAUGUAUGGAGAAACCGCUAUCCUACACUAUCGCUCCAUCUGCCUGCGAACCUGAGCUCUUUUGUGUACCAGCCUUGGCCGAAAAACUAUCCUCAGUACAUCGGCCGUACACGACUCGCCAACUUUAUGGAGUCGUACGCUGCGCUCCAAGAGCUCCACGUCUGGACGUCCUCGACGGUCUUGUCGUCACCUGCGCCGUCGUAUGAUGAUGCGACGAGACGUUGGACCGUUGCCAUCAACCGUGCCGGUAACACCGUUACGCUGAACCCUAAGCAUCUCAUCCUCUGCACGGGGUGGGGAACACCGAAUAUUCCGAAAUGGCCGGGUAUGGACACGUUCAAGGGUGAACAUUACCACUCGGACUUCCACAAAGGUGCUAGCAAGUGGAAGGGGAAGCGUGCGGUCGUCGUCGGAGCUGGCAAUGCCGCUGCAGAUGUCAGUCACGACUUGUUCCGCUCAGGCGCUGAGGUCACCAUGGUUCAGCGAAGUGCCACCUGCGUCCACUCGACCAACUCGACAGGCGCCAAUUACAUCAAGGCGUUCCCCGAAGACCGAGACAUCGAGAUAUCGGAUCACGUCGCUAACGCCAUGUCACCGAUAAUGGUCAUACGGGCCAUGGAGUCCGGCGGUCUCGAAGCUCACAAGAGGAAUGACACCGAGCUGCACGCUGGGCUGACGAGCAAGGGCUUCCGCCUCACAUGGACGUACAACGGUAUAACGGCGGGUAUUCCUGGCUUUAUUAACGGAAACGUGGGGAGUGGAACUUUGCUCGACACUGGGUUCUGUAAGCUCAUCAUCCAAGACAAGGUCAAGGUGAAAUCUGGAUCCGGUAUUUCUCGCUUUGAGGAAGAUGGCUUGGUUCUCGAAGAUGGAACCAAACUUGCAGCCGAUGUCGUUGUUUUCGCAACUGGCAAUGUGCCUAUGAUAGACGGUGCCGUCGCUCUCUUGGGUUCAUCCAUCACCGAGAAGAUAGGGAACCGCAUUUGGGGUGUAGACUCCGUUGGCGAAUUGCGUCGCAUCGCCCGCCCGACGGGGCAACCCGGAUUGUGGUUCUUUGCGGGACCGUUGUACAACGCGAGGUACUACAGCAAGACUUUGGCGCUGCAGAUCCUUGCGGAGGAGUUGGGCAUCAAAGGACCAACACCUCCCGUCGAAGGUACUAGUCCUAGCGAGCGCUGUGGCUGUCGUUGA